CGCUCGAGGAAGCCAAGCAAUGGAGUCCAGCCGUCGUAGAUCAAGACCACGGUCUCGUUCUACUGAUAAAGAGCGGAAAAGAUCUCACAGUAGAUCUAAAUCUUCAGAUGAAAGGUCAAGAAGAAAUUCCUCAGUGGGCAAAGACACCAGAAGACGAGUGCGGUCCAAGAGCGACAGUUCGCAAAGCAGCAGUGGGUCCGCAGGCCGCUACAGCGGUAGAAGGCAGAGAAGUCCAAGCCCAAGAUCUAAAAACAGAAGCAGUGCAGAGUCAAAUGACCACAGGGGAAAGAACAAAAAGGAGAGGAAGAAGAACAAGAAGAAGUCUAGUAGAGAUGCCCGACGAAGCAGAAGUGUAUCUCCAUCUGGGUCAGAUUCUAGCGUGGACAGACCACGACACCGUGAAGGAAGUAGUCAUGACAAGAGGCGUGCCAAUAGAGACAGCAGAUCUCCCAGCAGAGAGCGACAGUGGGGGAACAGAGACCGAGAGAGGAGAAGUCCCGAUAGAGGAAGAGGGCACAGGAGCGACGACUCUAGUACCAAAGACAAAAGGCAGGACAGAGGCCGGAAAGGAGAUGGCAGAAGUCGUGACAGAGAGGAUCAUCGGGAACGAUCCGUGUCGGGUUCUUCUUCAUCCUCCGAUGAAUCCAACAGGGGUGGCAAGUCGGAGUCUCAGGCCCAAAGUGCAAAGGAAGAGAACAGAAAACAGAGAGAAUUGAUGAAAGCUCUUGAAACGCCUGAGGAGAAAAGGGCCAGACGCUUGGCUAAGAAAGAAGCUAAAGAGAGGAAGAAACGAGAGAAGAUGGGUUGGAGUGAGGAGUACAUGGGCUAUACAAAUGCUGACAAUCCUUUUGGUGACAACAACUUGUUGGGAACUUUCAAAUGGCAAAAGGCUUUGGAGUUGAAAGGAAUAUCACACUUGAAGGAGAAAGAGCUGAAGGACAGAAACAAACGCAUCCAAGAGGACAAUCGCAGAGAGCUUCAAAAGGUGAAGCAGCUGCGUCUGGAGCGGGAACGCGAGAAGGCCAUGCGUGAGCAGGAGCUGGAGAUGCUGCAGAGAGAGAAGGAGGCAGAGCACUUCAAAACGUGGGCCGAGCAGGAGGACAACUUCCACCUGCACCAGGCCAAGCUCCGGUCUAAGAUCCGCAUCCGGGAUGGUCGGGCGAAGCCCAUCGACUUGCUGGCCAAAUAUAUCAGUGCCGAGGACGACGAUCUGGCUGUGGAGAUGCACGAACCAUACACCUUCCUUAACGGCCUCACCGUCACCGACAUGGAUGACCUGUUGGAGGACAUAAAGAUUUACAUGGAGCUGGAGCAAGGCAAGAAUGUGGAUUUCUGGAGGGACAUGACCACCAUCACAGAAGAUGAAAUCAGCAAACUUCGCAAAUUAGAAGCUUCAGGCAAAGGACCUGGGGACCGCCGCGAAGGUAUCAACACGUCAGUCAGCACAGACGUCCAGCUGGUGUUCAGGGGGAAGACUUACAGCCAGCUGCAGGCCCUGCACCUGAACAUUGAGACCAAGAUCCACGCCGGCGGCUCCAACCUGGACAUUGGCUACUGGGAGAGCCUGCUGCAGCAGGUGCGCGUCUACAUGGCUCGUGCCAGGCUGAGGGAGCGCCAUCAGGAGGUGCUGAGGCAGAAGCUGUACAAACUCAAACAGGAGCAAGGAGUGGAGAGUGAGCCGCUCUUCCCCAUCAUCAAAGAGGAGCCAGAUGAUCAAGAAAUGCAAGAGGAUCAGCCAGCGGCAUCAGCCGAGGCGGGGCCGUCCCGCAGCUCGCAGCCCGGGGCCUCCGACGAGGACCAGGAGGGGGACAAGGGAGCUCCGAGGAGUGAGAAGGAGGCGGAGGACGGGCCAUCCACAUCAACAGCGAAGGAGGGCGAGGGAGAGGAGGGUGGAGCGACUGAGUCAGUGCUCACAGAGGACGACCUCAUCCAACAGAGCCAGGCGGAAUACGACUCGGGCCGCUACAGCCCGGUGCUGCUGCAGAACUCUGAGCUGCCGCUGGACGCUCACGUCAUCGAGCUGGACGAGGACCUGCAUCGCCUCCAUCUCGCCCGCCGCCAGUUACAGGUCACAGGUGAUGCCAGUGAGAGUGCUGAGGAUGCGUUUGUGCGCCGUGCUAAAGAGGGCAUGGGAGCGGACGAGGCCCAGUUCAGCGUGGAGCUGCCGCUCACGGGCAAGAUGUACCUCUGGGCAGACAAGUACCGGCCGCGCAAACCGCGCUUCUUCAACCGCGUGCACACCGGCUUCGAGUGGAACAAAUACAACCAGACCCAUUACGACUUUGACAACCCGCCGCCCAAGAUUGUGCAGGGCUACAAGUUCAACAUCUUCUACCCGGACCUCAUCGACAAGCGGUCCACACCGCAGUACUUCCUGGAGCCCAGCCCUGACAACAAGGACUUUGGCAUCCUCCGUUUCCACGCUGGACCCCCGUAUGAGGACAUUGCCUUCAAGAUUGUCAACCGUGAGUGGGAGUACUCGCAUCGCCACGGUUUCCGAUGCCAGUUUGCCAAUGGGAUAUUCCAGCUAUGGUUCCACUUCAAAAGGUACCGUUACAGGAGAUAGAUCAUGUGGACCACGAGACUGUAUUUUAUGUUGCAGCGGUAAUAAACUUAAGGCUGGCUCUGUUUGUGACUCAGUCCUUCUAUGUGAUAGGAAGUAUUGUAUGUAUCUGAAGGGACAGAGGAUGCAAAACAUUAGAAUGUUCAGCACAGUAGUUAUGUUUUGUUCAAAUGUCCUCUUUGCAAAAUAUGGCUUUGAUCAGCAGUCAACCUCUCAGGUGGCUUUGAAAUUCUAAAACUGGCCUCUGCUCAGAUGCAAUGCAGUGCUGGGCAGCAUACUGUACCUGCUACCUUUGCAGCUAGAUCCUCAUUGCCUUUAGUCACAAUUCAUGGGUAAAGUAAAGCAUUAUGGCAACACCAAGAGGGGGUACAGCUCUGCUUCUAGUGCCCCAUAUCUCGCUCCUUUCCUCCACAUUGUAAUACUUAUGUUUUCUAAAUUUGUAAUUAAAAUUUUCACUUGUAAA